AUGGCUUCUCUACCACUUCAAGACAGAGUCGCAAUCGUCACCGGCUCCUCUCGAGGAAUCGGACGAGAGAUCGCGCUUCACCUAGCUUCACUCGGCGCCAGACUCGUCAUCAACUACACCUCCAACUCCAACCAAGCCGACUCAGUCGCCGCCGAGAUCAACAACAACCAAGCCACUCCACGAGCCAUCACCGUCCGUGCCGACGUAUCCGAUCCAGACGGUGUGAGGUCUCUCUUCGACUCCGCUGAGAAAACCUUCAACUCACCGGUUCACAUUCUGGUUAACUCCGCCGGCGUCCUCGACGCCGAGUACCCUACCAUAGCAAACACCGCCGUGGAGAGCUUCGACCGCAUCAUGAACGUAAACGCGAGGGGAGCGUUUCUCUGCGCAAAGGAAGCGGCGAAUCGAUUGAAGCGCGGUGGAGGAGGGAGAAUCAUACUGCUAACGUCGUCGAUGGUGGCGGCGUUGAAGCCUAGUUUUGGAGCGUAUGCGGCGUCUAAGGCGGCGGUAGAGGCGAUGACGAAGAUUCUGGCGAAGGAGUUGAAAGGGACGGGGAUUACAGCGAACUGUGUGGCUCCCGGACCUAUUGCGACGGAGAUGUUUUUCGAUGGGAAGACGGAAGAGAUGGUGAAGAAAACGGAAGAAGAGAGUCCGUUUGGUAGAAUUGGUGAGGUAAAAGAAAUUUCUCCAGUUGUUGGUUUUUUGGCCACUGAUUCUGCCGAAUGGGUCAAUGGUCAAAUUAUUCGUGUCAAUGGUGGCUAUGUUUAG